AUGGGUCGCGUUCGUACCAAGACCGUCAAGAAGUCCGCCAAGGUCAUCAUUGAGCGGUACUACCCCCGCCUGACCCUCGACUUCGAGACCAACAAGCGCAUCUGCGAUGAGAUUGCCAUCAUUGCUUCCAAGCGCCUGCGCAACAAGAUUGCCGGUUACACCACCCACUUGAUGAAGCGCAUUCAGCGAGGACCCGUCCGUGGUAUCUCCUUCAAGCUUCAGGAAGAGGAGCGUGAGCGCAAGGACCAGUUCGUCCCCGAGGUCUCCGCUCUCGACUUCUCCGAGGCUGGCCAGCUGGACGUCGACAACGAGACCAAGGACCUGCUCAAGCACCUCGGCUUCGACUCCAUCCCCACCAACGUCAUCCCCGUCUCCCAGGCUCAGGCUCCCGAGCGUGGCCAGCGACGAUUCGGCGACCGCCCUCGCCGCGACUAAAAAGCUUUUUCACUUUUUUUUGUGGGAUAUUGGGUCUCUGGUUUUGCAACAUUUUGCAGGUUGGCGUCUCAGGAUGGUAGUGAGUGCAUAGAUCUCGCACAAAAAGAAAGAUCUUCUACCCACAAGGUGUCGCCGAUUCUCUGAUUAAUUUCGAGAUGACGCUUGAUUGCCAAGAACCGUCCCUUCUCAUCACGCUUUUGUGUGCAUGUGACUGAAUGCAGGGGCUUGCAUUGAGCUGGAUUUGCGCUCCGCUCUCACCCGAUUUACCCAACAAAUCGGUUGAAAUGGGUUGACGAGG